UAGAAGGGAGUAGGAAUGGAAAUAUUAGACUUGAACAUGGCGAAGUCGCGGUGUCAAUAAAUUGAAACGUGGUAUGGAAUAAAUUCGACAGGUGCUACUGAAAACUACGAACAAGACAAAUGUCAAAUGAAACUGCACACAACUUUUCUCCAUAACAAGAUUUAAUCUCUCCGUGAAUCCUCCAACAAACAAACCACAGAAGCUUCUUACAGAGAAAAGAUGAACACAAGAGGCAAUGCUGAAGCAGAACAGUUACUGGAAAUCGGAGAAGAGCUCUUACAGAAACGAGAUCUAAAAGGUUCAAGAGAAAUAGCGGUUCUAGCUCAAGAAGCCGACCCUCUUCUAGAAGGUUCCGACCAGAUAAUAGCAAUAGUUGAUGUUCUCGAAGCAGCUGAGAAGCCUCUAAAUCUCAACAACAACAACAACCUCGAUUGGUACGCUAUUCUUCAAAUCGAUCGAAAUUCGUUGCCAGAUCUGAAUCUCAUAAGGAAACAGUUUCGCACUCUUGCUCUUCUUCUUCAUCCUGAUAAGAACCGUUUCUCAUUUGCAGAACUAGCAUUCAAGCUCGUUUCUGAUGCUUGGGCCGUUUUGUCUGAUCCUGCUCAAAAGGCUCGGUAUGAUAAGGGUUUUGAACUUGGGGUUAAGGGUUUGGAAAAUGGAACGGUUAGUUUUUGGACUGUUUGUCCUUAUUGUUACCGUUUGUAUGAGUAUUCUAGGGUUUAUGAGGGUUGUUGUUUGAUGUGUCAGAAUUGUAACAAAUCUUUUCACGGUGUUUCGGUUCAGGCCCUUCCGCCAAUUGUUCCCGGCGAAGAAGCUUACUAUGUUUCUUGGGGAAUGUUUCCUAUGGGUUUUGUUUUCGAGAGUCUAGAAAAUGGCGGGGGUGAUGAUGAUUCUGCUACGCCAAAGCCAUAGGUGGUUCUUUUUCUUUCUGAAAAAUCUUUUGUUUUUGUAAAUGUAAAUUAUUUUAUUAUAUUAUUCUACUGGCUUCUAA